ACGCAUAAGACACGAAAGAAUGCGCAUGCGCCCCAAAUCAUAAUAAUCGCCAUUUUUUCUAUAACACCUUCAAAACCUAGCAUCAAGAUGACAUCGUUUGGCGAUCAUUUUUGGGGAGAGAAAAACAAUGGAUUUUUUGUUUUGAAUCAUAAUAUGAAACAAGGACAAACAUCAUCCAAAGAAUUCAUAGAUUUUCUCAGAGAAAGUUGUUCAGUAGAAGAGACAUACAGCAAACUCUUGAACAAGUUAGCCAAGUCUGUGUCAAACAACACACACGCAGGCACAUUUGCUCCUUUCUGGAAUGUUUUAAAGACAUUAGCAGAAAAGAUUUCCACUCUCCAUGUUCAACUGGUGCAUUCUCUUACGGACCUCAUAAAGGACGUGUCACGAUACAAUGAUGAACAAAGCAAGAAGAGUAAAGCGGUGAAGGAGCGUGAAUCUAGUACUUUGGAGACAGUAAACAGCAUUCAGCAUACAACGACAGCCCUUCAUAAGGCGAAGGAAAUAUAUCACACAAGAUGCCUCGAGUUGGAACGAUUGAAGAGGGACGGGUCGUCACAAAAAGACAUUGAGAAGGCAGAAACAAAGUACAAGAAAGCAAGUGAUGACUACAGGACUCUGGUAGAGAAAUACGGAAAUGUCAGAAAUGAGUUUGAGACAAAAAUGAUGGACUCAUGUAAAAGAUUUCAAGAGUUGGAGGAAGAGCAUAUCUGCCAGAUGAAGGAUUUUGUCGAAACAUUCGCGAAAGCCUGGGAAAAUGAGCAUGUGAUGCUGGGACAGGUUCAUCAAGAAUUCCGCCAAAGUUGUGAUGAACUGACUGUCCUCAAACUCCUGGAAACUUUCAUCAAUUCUAAAAAGACGGGCGAGGAGAAACCAGGACACUUGGGGUUUGUGGAGGCGGAUUUAUCCAGUCUGCCAUCCGCACGUCCUAUGUCACCUGACCCCAACGAUAAACGUGACAGCAUCUCCGAGAAAUCCCGUCAAGAUUUAACUCUGUUCUCCGACUCUAGCGGGAGUCCCAGCCCUGUCCCCUCGGACCAGCCUGGCCCGCUCAGCCGCAGCGUAAAACUCCGCGUCUCCAGAACAUGGUUUCUCAAAAAUAAAAAGAAGAAAGAAAAGAAAAAGAAAAAAAAAGAAAAAGAGGAAAAAGAGGCUCAGUCCUCAGACACCCAGUCUGUCGAUACAACAGAGGGGACUACACCGGAUGUGGAUGAAGAGGGAUACUCCAUUCGACCAGAGGAUCCGAUGGAAAACAGCUGUGACAAAAACAGCUGGUCAAGUGAGAGUGACAGUGACUCAGAUGACGAAUCUAAAAGGAAAAUCAAAGUAGCGAUUCGGCCAUUAAGUCCUAACGGUAACAUGUCGGGGACGGUGGACGACAUCAAAAACUCGGUCAGUCAGCUGAGGCUGUCCCCCACGGCAGGCCUGAGAAAAAGAACCACCACUCCAAUAGACAAAAAGAUGAUGAAGCGAUCCCAGUCGGAAUCGGAUACUCUCGACCCGGGAAAGCCCAGUCAGGACCUGUUAAAUCUGGACUUCUUUUCGUCGUCGAGUGCUUCCACCCAAUCAGGUAGUCGCUUUCACCUGCCCUCUCCCUUGUCUCCUAUGGCGGACUCCAGUCUACAAAAUAGCACCACUCAUAGCACUGCCUCCACCCCACUCAACAAUUUCAAUGUAAAUGAUGUACUGAACCACAGUAAUGGAUCACAGGACAGCUCACUCCCCGGCCCGCCCCCCUCCAUCCCUCAGAGACCAGCCCCCCAGCCCCGGACUAAGUCCAUCCCACCCCAGGUUCCAUCUCGCCCAAUCUCGGGCCGCUCCAGUCCCGCCAACUUCAUGUCUAGGUCAGAAAGCUCAGGCAGUGUGACCUUCAACACGACCUCCAUGCCUGUGGGGUCCUCACGUGGCCCGAGUCCACUCACCAUCGGGAUGUCCGACACCAUUCCGCUAGCCAUCGCUUUCACUGAAACCAUCAGUGCCUUCUUCAAAGGAACAGAUGCAACAAGGUCGACUUCAAAAUGUAUAGUAAAGAUAGCAGGAAAUGUGAUGAUGUCAUUUCCCGCUGGGGUUGUUCGAGUUUUCACAGAAAAUCCAAAUCCUGCGUUACUAAGCUUCAAACUCAAAAAUGUUUCAAAGAUGGAGAACAUCUUGCUCAACAAACAGCUGGUAGAGCAGGACACAAGUUACCAAGAACAGGACACAAACCUCUACACAUUCAACAUGACCGCUUUGAUGGACCAUCUGAAACACCAGGGGGAACAAAACAAAUCUGCCUCCUACUUCAAUAUCGACAUUCUGAAAUACCAGGUCCUGACCCAGCCCGGGGUGGAGAGUACACCACUACCGGUAGUAGCCUAUUGGAAGUGCGAGGAUGACACGACGGACUACCGCCUGGAUUACAAAUACAACCCUACCUCCAUGUCAUCACGCUCCACCCUAAAAAACGUCAUGGUAACGGUGGGGGUCAGUGGAGGGGUCAGCAACAUGCAGAGUCUUCCUUCGGGAGAGUGGAACGAGGAGAACCAGCGGGCAACGUGGAAGUUGAACGACUUGUCGGAGCUGAGCGAGGAGGGAAGUCAGGGUAGCAUUAGAGCCAAGUUUGAGCUGAAAUCCGGUCCAUCGCGACCAUCUACCUCUGCCAUCCAGUUCCUGUGUGAGGGGGCGUCGCUGUCCGGACUGGACUUAGAGCUAGUGGGGCCCGGGUACAGGGUUUCGCUACUGAAAAAGAGAUUCGGUGCAGGUAAAUAUAUUGUGGACCCAGACCCUCCAGUUUGACCGCGUGUUUAACUUAGUAUUAUCAAAUUACCAGUGGGGUGACUAGAGACAAUUACCUCAUUCAUAAACUAGUCAGUUUACCACAAUGCACCUCACCUACAGAUGAUGAAGGAAUAUUCCAGAAUUCCAUGUAAAGUUUGCAGAUGAAAUGUGGAUGAUUUCUCCCUACGACUAGACAGGGGGUCUAAGUCUUGUCUACUUACCAUGAACAUUUUUAACUGUCGCAACAAACUGUGAUAUUCAUUUCAUUUACAUUUGCAAUUUUUAUUUUGUAAUUUGUGUUCGACCACUAUUUUAAUUUUAUGUUAUGAGUAAUUACAUUGUACAUUAUUUAAAAUCAUGAUGUUUAUCAAGAGCAGUGCUAACUGGAAAGUGUUAUGAUGUUGGUGUGAUUCGGUCAGUACCGGACAUAUUAGAGUGGCCGGGCAUUGGAUUGUCCACUCUGCAUUUUGUGUGUAUCUCAUAAUUGAUAAAAGUGCUACAACUUCAUUCAAUUCUUUUAGGAUUAGGAAUAAUUUUAUUGUCCUGUGAAGAUGUGUGUAUAAAGAAAAUGUUGCAUCGUGGUUAUGUUUAGCCCUGGGCAUGUUUUGAUUGUGCAAUAUCUCAUUUUGUUUUCAUGUUUCUUCGUUACAGUGUAUUGUUAUCUGCUAGUACUGUUUGUUAGUUUGAUUGCAUUUAGAUGAGUUUGUUAUCAUGAACCUGAUACGUUAUAUAAUGUUGCUUCAUCAGUUAAUUAUUAAUUACUGAUUAAAGACUCAGAGUGUAUCCUGGCAUUGCAGGCAGUGCCGAUCCAUGUACACUGAAUUCCACUCAGCACCACUGACUGCACUAACUCCGAUGUAAAACACUGUAUGAUGACAAUGCUCGGUAUUAAAAUGUUACCACACUUUGUCCAGAAUUUUGUGUAGCUUGCAGUAUAUUACACAGACACGUGCUGUAUGUUUUGUGUGUGUGGUUGGUUUUUUUUUCCAUGUAUGUGGGAGGUUGAUAGGAAAUACAACAAUAUAGAAUCCGUCUCCCUCCUACACCCCCCCCCCCCCCCCAAUUUUUUUUCUACCUUUAUAAAAAAUAAAUGAAGUGAUGACAGUAAUUUGUUGGUGAAGUGAUAAUAAUUUUAUACUCUAGAAAUACAUUCAAACAGUGUCUGCUGUUGUUAGCUCAUUUUAAUUUAAGCUCAAAUGUCAUAGAGAGCUUUUUUGGUCAGAGUUUGUCAUUCUGUUUUUUGGUCAGAGUUUGUCAAUCCGUUUUUAGGUCAGAAUUUGCCAGUCUGUUUACAACUUCUUCUUUUGUCUUAUUCAGAAGCACUGGGCCACUUCACAAAGAGGUCCCAAAAGAAAAAGAUAUCUUAGAUGAGCAUUGAAGUUUUAGCUGAAUUGAAACCAACAAGUGCAUUUGUGUUGAGAUUAGGCCCUCGGCACAUAUCGGUUCAGUUGAGAGCAUAAUGUGGCUCAUAGGCCUUCUGUAAUUUUUGUCUGGUAAAAAUAAGUUCAUAUACUUGCAUGAAAAUUCCUUUCUUUAUGUUAUGACGUAUAGCUUUAUGAUGUUGCACACGGACGUCUGAAAACAUUCCACACGGUUGUACCCUGGGCUUGUGUGACAACAGACGGUGUAGUCUGAAACAGACUGUGAUAAUAUCCAAGAUCAUAUUCCCAUGUACACUCCUUUUAUUAAUCAAUUAUUUAAUCAUUUUUAAAAAAAAAAUGGAAACAUAUAGAUGUCAAUAAACAACACAAAUUCC